AUGAAAGAAGAGGAAAAUGCUCCUGAUAAUCAGGUUGCUGAUACUGAAGAAGCUCCUCUUGAUUCUUGUGCUGAUUCUGAAUUGAAACCAAAUGCUCAAGUUGAUCCAUUGAGUGAACAAGAUGAUAGAAACAUGAACGAAGGAGCAAAUGAAAUGACCAAAGAUGAAAAGGAAAAUGAAGGAACUGGAAACAGUUCCAAUCCAACAGAAGGACAAGCAAACGAGGGUCAGAUAAAAUCUUCAGCCAUCCAUGAGGAAUCAACAAAUGAACAAAGUUUAACAUCUAAACCUCACCAGAAAAAGCGAGGAAAUCGAAGCACAAGUGAAACUCCUGCAAAAGCAACAAAGAAACAACGAAUCCUGGAAAGAUAUGAAACAGAAAAAUCUAAAGCAGAAUCUAAACCAGAAAUAGAUAAAAGCGAUAAAGAUAAAGAAGAGAUUCAAUCUUCAUUAGUACAACAUUGUGCUGAUAAUGAAGAAUCUAUGAAAGAUGUUAUCGAUAUUGCUGAAGAUUGUGAUGCAGCUAAAAGUCGCCCUGAGAAUAAUGAAAAUGAUGAAAAUAAACCUGAACAGUCUGAAGAUAAUUUCGUUGACCCAGAGGAGAUGGAAAUUGAUCAACCUGAUGAAUCAAAUGAAGAUUUAGUUCAGAAAAAGAAAGCAGAAAAAUCUAUUGGAAAUAAACAAGGUCCUAAACAAGAAGAUGAGAAAACAGGUAAUGCUCCAGGGGAAGAUGAAGAGGAAAUGAUUGACAUGGAAGGUGAUUACACAGAAACGUCAACAGCUCCUCGAGGACCUGAGUCACAAUUCUACACUCAAUUUGGUAAGAAUGAAGAAGAUCAUGAAAUGAACCAAUCAUCAUGGUUUGAUAAGUUACACGAGAGGAUUGAGAGAAGUGAACUUUUGGUUGAUGAAGCUCGAAAAGAUGCUUGGAAUCAAUGUGAGAAAACUGUUGGUCCAUUGGUUUACGAAUUAUGUCAACAGCUACAAUUGGUUCUCGAACCAAUGAAAGCGUCGAAAAUGAAAGGUGAUUAUCGAACAGGAAAACGUUUGAAUAUGAGAAAAGUUAUUGAAUACAUUGCCAGUUCCUAUAAGAAGGAUAAGAUUUGGUUACGAAGAAACAAACCAAGUAAACGUCAAUAUCAAAUUAUCUUGGCAAUUGAUGAUUCCUCAUCCAUGUUGGACAAUCAAUCGAAACGAAUGGCUUUCGAGUCGAUCGCUCUCCUGGGUAAAUCGUUAUCUCUCAUGGAAGCCGGUGAAUUGGCUGUUAUGAGUUUCGGUGAACAAGUUAAAUUACUUCAUUCCUUUGGUGAACCAUUUACAGACUCGGCUGGCUCGAAAUUACUUUCAUCUCUUGACUUUGGACAGAAACACACACGAAUUGGUGGUUUACUUGAAACUGCUGCAAAGUAUAUGGUUCAAUGUUCAUCACGUAAAAGUGCCUUAGGCUGCGCUGUCUCUCAAUUAUUGAUCAUAAUAUCGGACGGACGAGGUCUUUUCAAUGAAGGCGAAGCAUUGGUUCGUCAGGCGGUUAGAAAUAUCCAAGAGCUUCACGUUUUUACUGUUUUCUUGGUAAUGGACAGUCAAUCAGACGGAAAUUCUAUACUUGAUAUUAAAUCUGCUACUAAAGAUUCGUCAGGAAAUUUCACAUUGGAGCCUUAUAUGGAUAAAUUUCCAUUCCCAUUUUAUAUUAUCCUCAAAGAUAUCAACUGUAUGCCAAGAGUUCUGGGCGAAGCCUUGAGAAAAUGGCUCGAACUGGUCACACAGUCAUAAAUGCAUUCGUUUCUAAUACUAAUUCAAUAAGCAAUUUUAAAAACAAUACUAUUGUAAAUUCAUUGAUUUUGAAAGAAAAAUGUUAUGAUAAUAUUAAAUAGAAGGCUAAUUGUAAAUGAACAAUAUCUUCGAAUAAAAUAUAUUUAUCAAAUUGUA